AUGGGUUGCCAACUGAGGCAGGAUACACCACGACCCAGGUGCCCACAUCUCAGGCUCGCUCAUCUCUUUGUGCUGCUGUUCGGUCUUUUUCAAAUGUCUUCAGGUAUUGGCCAGGUAUCCAAGUCAGUGAAAGGAAUGGCAUCAUUGCCCUGUGGUUAUAAGUUUUCUCCUAAAGAACUGACGGAGCUCCGAGUCUACUGGCAAAAAGAUGACAAAGCAGUGCUAAGUUACACCUCUGGGAAGACAGAAGUGUGGGCCCCGUAUAAGAACCGGACUGUACUUGACAUCCCUAGCAACUUCUCUCUUAUGAUCGGGUCCCUGGUCCUGUCGGACAGGGGCAUAUAUACCUGUGUCAUUCAAAGGUCUGAAGGAGGAGCUUACAAAAAGAGACACUUGGAUUCUGUGAUGCUGUUUAUCAGAGCUCACUACCCGGUCCCUAAUAUAACUGACCUUGGAAAUCUAUCUGCGGACAUUAAAAGGAUUAUGUGCUCAACCUCUGGAGGUUUCCCAGAGCCUCGCCUCUUCUGGUUGGAAAAUGGAAAAGAGCUAAGUGGCAUCAAUACAACAAUUUCUCAAGAUCCUGGAUCUGAGCUGUACACUGUCAGUAGCAAACUGGAUUUCAAUAUGACCUACAACCACAGCAUUGUGUGUCGCGUUGUGUAUGGAGACUCUCAAGUGUCGAAGAACUUCACCUGGGAAAAACAACCCCCAGAAGCCCCUCCUGAUAGAAAUUACCUAACUGAGGUGACCCCGACAAUUUUGACAAUACUCUGUUUGGCCUCAGCAAUAAUAAUAAUCAUUGUGUACAGCAUGUGUUUCAGAAGAAGGAAUGAGGCAAGAAGAAGAGAAAUCAAUGGGAUUUACCUAGGGCCUGUAGAAGCAUCAGCUGAACAGAAUGUCUGAAGGUCUCAACUACAUCUACGACCGGCCUCUUCUGUAACCGUCUUCAGAAAUCUAAGACUACUCAAUGGUGCCUUACAUACAUCUGUUCUUGGCGAAGCCUCUCCAGUGUUUUGCAGAAUGGAGAAGAAUGUAACAUACCACAGUAGCCCUGCUGAUUUUGAGAAAGUAGUUUAGAGACUGAAUUCUUUGUCUGGAAGGGACAUUAGGGAACACUAGCACAUUUGCCCCCACUACCCCUUCCUCCCGCCCCCCCCCCCACUGUUUUGAGAUAGGGUCUUACCCUGUUGCUCAAGGUGACCUAGAAGUCACUAUAUAGGUGGCCCAGGCAGGUUUCAACCGUGCAGCAAUCCUCCUGCACUAGUUUCCUGAGUGCCAGUUUCAAGUGUGAGCUACCACACUUGGCAGAACACUAGCUGUAUUAAGGACACCAAGGCUCCAGGAGGGGACUUGAAUUUUGAAGGCGAGUCAGAAUCCAGAUUUCCUGGCUCUAGUGCUCUUAACCUUCAUCAGUUAGACCCUAAGCUCGAGCUCAUAGACAGCCUAAUUGAAAAUGCUGGUAACAUUUGCCUAGCAUCUAUAAGGCCUGCCCUGGGUGCUUUUUUGUUUGGGUUUUUUUGUUUUUGGAGAGUGUUUCUCUGUGUAGAACUGACUGUCCUGGAACUCACUUUGCAGACCAGGCUGGUUGAACUCAUAGAAAUCCACCUGCCUGCCUCCCAAGUGCUGGGAAAAAAGGUGUGUGCCACCACUGCCCAGCUGUUUGUUUGUUAAGGCCUAUUGGGCCAAGUGUAAUUUGUAGGAAAUAUUCUGGUAUGUAUACCCAUACAAGGGUAAUAAAAAUAUUAGUAAUUUUCAGUCAGCAGUUUUCAUGUAUUUUCCUUUCAUUUCCUCAAGUUCAAGAGAAAACAGAAUGAUCAAAAAUAAAUUUCUGCUGACAUCUAAGAUGAAUGCAUGUCUUUCAUACCUAAAAGCAAAAGUCAGGUUUGGAGGCACAGUUCAUAAUCUACUAGUUCAUAUUGGACUGGCAAUCUCUUUAGGUUAGUUUGCCCUUUUACAUAAUCCUUGAGAAAGUUCUCAUUUAACAGGAGAUUAUUUACUAAGUAUAAUCUGUCCUCACAUAAAUGACUGAGGCGACACUAGCCUUCCACAUAGCCUCUUAGAUUCCUUGCAGUUGUUUUUGCUCCUUGGUAUUUAGAAAUCUGCUCCCAAUGGAAAACUGAGAAGCACUAAGUAAGUCAGGAACAGUAGCACACACCUGUAACCCCAGCAUUCGGGAGGCUGAGGCAGGAGGAUUGAAUUCCGGGCAGCCUAGGUUACAUAGUAAGGCCCUGUCUAAAACCCACCUCUCUCCUGGCCCCCAAAGGAAAGGGAAACAAGAAGCAGGCAAGUGCUGCUUCUGUGUUGAAGGUUCUCUUCCCUCUGAAAUCGUCAUCCACAACUUACUGGACCAGGAGUGGAUCUGACUUAAGUCAAGACAAUCAGAUAUUCUUGUCUGAAAGUGUGGAGUUGGGACAUCAGAAGUCAGCCAAGUCUCUUGAUGUGGCUGGAUGUUUAAUUUUAGAGCUCUGAUGGGGCCAGAUUCUGAUGUACUGUCCAAGAAACAGGUCCAUUUUUACAUGGCUGCUAUCAGAACAAGUCACCAAAGAUAAAAGCAGUGGACUAGUAAGAAGUUGACAAGACAUUGAAAUCAAACCCAACAAAAGCGGGGGACGGGGGGAGCUGCUGCAUUUAAGACUCAAUGAUUAUUAGAGUAAUAAAAUGAGACCUCAAAAAAGAAUUAGUGAGAAAAAAGGAACACUCUAUGGGGCAACUUGACAAGUAAAUUAUAUUAAAUUAUUGACUACUACAUUUGAUAAAUGUUUUUUAGAGCUGUACUUUGAUUUUAUUACUCAUUUUUUAGGUUAAAAGCAAAAUUGUUUUUAAAAGCAAAUCUUUAGUUUUAUGAUUUUUUUUAGUUUAAAGAUUCUGCCUAUGUGAUUGUAAAUAAAACAAUGAAUAAAAUGGCUA